AUGGAUGCUCUUAUUGCAGAACUUCAGCGAACUGCAAGGAAGCCUCCCCAAACAGUUCAUGUUGAUACUGAACCUCCAUCUCUCCCAAGGAAGCGAAAGAGAAGAGAUCCAAGGCCGGGAGUGCUUAUCACAGACUCCGUUCAAAAGAAAUCUACACUGAUUGAGCCUGAAACUAUGGCUCAAAACAUACAAAGCCCGUUAACUGAAUCCAUUCCUAUGGAUCAAGAUUUUGAAAUCCCAAUUGUUAAAGAAGAAGUCAUACCUUCAGAAGGAGCUCAAGUUUCAAGAAGCUCAUUUGAAACACCUGAGCUGGACAUCUCCAAAGGCAAAAGCAAAUUGUCUGACUCUGAAUUGGACAUUAGAAUCAGUGAGCUUGAGAAAGAGAGCUCCGACAAAGCUUUAAAGAUCUCAGAACUUCAAGCAAAUCUUGGUGGUCUAACUGCUCUAUUCUUUGACCUGAAACAACGCCUAUUUCAAAAGUUUAGUGAUGAAUUUCAACCUUUGAGUGCUGAUGGAGAAAAGAUCACUGCCUCUAGUUCUGGUCCCACCAAUCCAGCUUCUCAAUCUUCAAGUGAAAGAGCUACAAGACCUGCUCCAGAUGCUAAUGUUGAUACAUUUUUAUCUUCUGGUCCUGCUUCUGCUCAAGAAAGAAGAAAUAAGCACAUUAUGGUUGAGCAGCGGAAAGGGAAGAUGCUUGUGAUGAAGCAUUCAGACCAAAAUGCUCCGGGAUGUGGGUCGUGA